UUGUUAGAAAGCCAUUCUGUAAUUACAACAGACUUCAGUGCUUGUAAUUAUUUUCAGCCCGUCCCUUAGUGAUUGCGUUUUCCUUGCUAGUUUCAAAAUCUAGUUCGUUGGAAACUACUACUUCAAUCUCGUUUAGUUCUUCAAUGGAAUCCUCACACAACCACUGCGAAUCCGCAGAGGAAUUCUCUCAAUCGGUAACCCUAAAUUCGGAACCCAAUGCAAACCCACAAUCCUCUGAGUCCGACACCAGCACCAACAAUGCUCCGAACUUUAAUGGCGGCUCCGAUGCUUUGGCCAAAGGUCUAUCUUCGAUGCUUACCACUGUGAUUAGGGACUUCGAUUCCAAAGCUCAAGACACUGUCGGGAGCCAGGAGCGACUCUCUUUUGCACUCGACCGUCUCUCACGAGAACUUGAUCAGUUAUUGGAAGAUGCACCGUUGCCGUUCGUUAUGCAACAUGCUGCAAGGAUUUCUGUUGUUAGGAAGAGGGUUUCUUCGCUGAAUUCGGUUCUGAAAUCCAUUCAACGGCGGCUUGAUAAUAUGGAUCGGAUGCUAUUUGCCAGUAAACUACGUGGACAUGUAAUGUCCAAUUUAAGCCAACAUAUGGAAGAGAGUUUGAACCAUCUAUUGCAUUAGGUUGAGCUGUCAGGAAUAGUGCCUUAACAAAUCAAAAGAGGAAUAAGUGGAGGAUUUGAUGAGGGCAUAAAGUUGGGGGGAGUGAAGUGAGCAGGUCAAAACCUUUGAUGUUUGAGGUAUGGUGAGGGCAGCAAUCGUAAAAUAAAAUUCCGACUAACUUGGUAAGGUUAGAUUGGUGACACUUGUAGCUUGACCCAAUCCGAUUGAUUAUUCCUUUCCAUGAUCUUCCUUAUAAUUUCCCAUAAAUCUGACCUAAUUUCUAUCAAGCUGUAUUAAUGAGUUUUAAUUUUAAUCAGUCCAAUUGUGCUCUUUAGUAGCUCUUGUAUUUGCAGCGUGUAUGUGUUUGAGUUAUAAAAGGCUUUCUCCUGCCUGUAUGCUUUAAAUCUGCUUUGUUGUUUUAUUUCCUUCUCUUCAUAAAAGGCUUUCUUCUGCCUGUAUGCUUUAAGUUUUAAAUCUGCUUUGUUGUUUUUUCCUUCUCUUCAUUUACGUCUGAGUUCUAACUAAAAUAUGAU